AUGAGCAAUUUCGAUAAUGAGAUUCAAGACAACCAAAUUGAAGUUGACUUGUCCAUUAAUAGACAGAUUUUUUCUUUUCUAUAAUAAGGAAUCGAUCAAAUCAACAUUUUUAUGGGUGGUAUUCCUCCCUUAAGAAAUGAUGAUUUGUUUGAAGAUGGAGAUAACUAAAUUUACUUUUCUUUGCCAAGAUCCUUAAUGAGGGAUAGACCCUCACCAAGGUACUUUUGUGUUCACAGAUUUAGAGAAAAACCGCAAAACAUUUAGAAUUAUCUUCAAAAGCGCACGGACCCAAUUUAAAACAAUUAAUUUGAUCCAAAACUACCUCAUAUCAAAGUUAGUUAACUUAGAAAUAUGAGCGCACACCAUCAUUAUUUUAUAAAUGAAUUUGGGUAAAUAGGAAUGAACUAUCUCAUAGCCUUAUAGAUUCCCAAAAAAAUACUAAUUCUGUUGACAUACUAAUUGGCCGAUAAUAUCGCCAAAAUUAGGAUAUUGUACCUAAUGAUAUAAGUAACAACUGUUUAUUCUAACAGGAUAGUUUUACCCGAAGAUAGAGUGAUAUCCCGAAUCCAUUGUAAGAUUAUCUACAAUGAUUACUUCAGAAAACAAUAAGUACUAGAUUCUAUUUAUGCUAAAACCUUGGAACUAAUCAAACUCCCAGCCUAAAUUAAAUAUAAAAUUAGCUAAUUUUUAGAGUAUGUUUCUAUUAAUAUAGAAAUCCUAAAAUUGUGUAAAUAUAAGACCUGGGGAGCAUAUGUGGUACGUACUUGAGAAUCUUUAGAUAAGAACCUUGUGUGCUUAAAGAGGGUCAUAAAUUUAGUAUUGGAAGUGACACUUUUUUUAAUAUCUUGUUAAAUCACAACUUGAAUCCUAAUCUAAAAGAUAUCGACGAUGAAUGGUAUAGUAUAAUCAAACACUUAUCUUCCUUGAAAUCAACCCAAAAACAUGAAAUUCAUUUGAGCGACUUAUUAAAUCAAAUCAGCAUUUUAGAGCCUCUUGAAUCUAUAAAGAGGCUUUCAAUUAAAGAUCUUUAUACAAAAUUAAGAGAAUACUCGAUCCCUAUUUUAAUUGUGAAAUUCCAGGGUCAUGGAGUAUAUAUUAAUAGAUGCAUAAAUUUAUUUGUAGGGAAGACUUAGACUGAUACUAAUGAUUUUUUCGUAGGGAGAGGAUCUGAAAAUAACAUAAAGAUCAGUUCUAAUACGAUAUCGAGGAAGUAGUGUCGAAUUAAGUAUUCUCAAAAGUAAUGGGAUUAUAUAAAUUAGGUUAUCAGCAUGGAUAAUAAACGAUGGAUAUUAAGAUAGAGAUUCUGCUAACGGGACUUGGAUUAGUUUAUAAACUACAGAAUAAUCAGAAUAGAAAGCUGAAUCAAAUUUGAUUGAACUACAUCAUAAUGAUGAAAUAAAGAUCAGCGAUUCCAUUUUAAAACUUGAGUUAUUUUAAGGCACAAAAUAAGGAUUUGGAAAUAUAAUAAACAAAUUUCUUCGGGAUUGAUAAUUAAUAAUUAAAUAAAAAGUGACG